AUGAAGAAGGGCAAGUGGUCCAAGGAAGAAGACAAUCUGAUCAAAAACCACAUUGAGAAGUAUGGCAUUGGCUUUUGUUGGUGGAUCGCAGGGCUUCGGCGCUGCGGCCGGAGCUGCCGUUCAAGGUGGCUGAACUACCUCCGUCCGGGGCUGAAACACGGCAACUUCACGCCGGCGGAGGACAAGAUCAUCUGCGAGAUGUACAGAAAGAAAGGAAGCUGCUGGUCCGUCAUCGCCGCCGAGCUCCCCGGGAGGACGGACCUCGCCAUCAAGAACUACUGGAACAGCACGCUCAAAAAGCGGUUCCCCCGCCCCCGCGCGGCGAGGAGCCGCCGCCGCCGCCGCCGCACCGGCGGCACGAGCACGUCGUCCGACGCCACGAGCCUGGACCUCGCGCUGGUCGUCUAUGACGAGGAGAGCACUAGCGGCACGGCGCGGGACCUCCCGCUGGUCGUGUGCAACGAGGAGAACAGCGCCACCACGGCGCGGGACCUCCCGCUGGUCGCGUACAACGUCAACGAGGCGAGCGCCACGGCAGGGUCCUCGUCGAGCCACGCCGGCGUCGUCUCAGCCGGCUCGCCGGUGCAAGCGCGAGCCCAACCGACACCGCUGCCCGCCGACGCCGCGAACGAGGAGCCGAUCGCGGCGGUCCCGGUCAGCGGGCCUGUGAAGAUGGAACCGCGGACGCCGCCACCGCCCGCUGAUGAAACCAGCGAGGAGAUGGACGUGGGCUGCUGCCCCAUGUCUCCGCUCCCCCUGGGGCUCAUGGAGCUGCCGGAACUUCCUUGCAUCGCCUUGGAUCUGCCUCACAUUGCCGGUUUCGACGACAUCGAUAGCCUCCUCUCCUACUUUGACCACUGAUCUUAGCGUAGCAGCAACGAAAUGGGAUUAAGCCGAUUCAGGAGUAGCUGUAUUUAAGGUCAGAGUUUGACACUUACUGUAGUUGU